AUGUCGAGCGUCUUCUUCUACGAGCCUUUCUACGACUUUGACCGCUUCUUUGACGAGGACUCCGCUCGUCGCCAGGGUGCACGAAACGGUAACCAAGUCGCACAGCAGUCCGUUGACGGCGCUGUCAGGUCCCUCAAGCCGAGGAUGGACCUCCACGAAGACAAAGAAAAGAACGUUGUCACCGCCACCUUCGAGUUCCCGGGCGUCUCGAAGGAGAACAUCAACAUCGAUAUUCACAACAACAGGCUGACCGUCUCAGCAGAGACGAAGCAGUCGACCGAGCACGAGGAGAACGGUUACGCCGUCCGCGAACGUCGCUUUGGCAAGUUCUCUCGUACUCUUCAACUUCCUCAAGGCGUGAAGGACGAGGAAAUCAAGGCGUCGAUGGACAACGGAGUUCUUACCGUCACCUUCCCCAAGAUCACUUCGGAGCUCGCUCCCAAGCGCAUCAAUAUCUCUUAA